GCUGCGCAUGCGUGCUGCGGCUCCAACUCACCGCGCCGCCGCCGUCAUGGCGGCUGCCCGCAGCUGAGCCGCGUCCAUCUCGCCGCCCGCCUAGCCUAGGGGAGGCGGUGGCCCGCAGUAUGGUGCGGUGCGGAGCAGCGGUGCUGCGGAGGUAUGGAAACUUUAUUGAUGAUUUGCGGCUCUAUGUGAGAGGAGGAACAGGGGGAAUGGGUUAUCCCCGUCUGGGUGGGGAAGGAGGGAGAGGCGGCGAUGUCUGGUUCAUUGCUCAGGAAAGAUCGACCCUAAAGAGCAUUAAGGCGAGGUACCCGCAGAAGCGAUUUGUGGCUGGAACAGGAGCCAACAGCAGUGUUAAAGCAUUGAAGGGUGAAAAAGGAACAGACUGUGAAGUGCACGUGCCACCAGGGAUUUCAGUUCUUGAUGAUGAUGGGAAGAAGAUUGGAGAACUUAAUGCAGCAGGAGAGAGAUUCUUGGCAGCCCGGGGAGGUCUCGGUGGCUCUUUAGCCACAAACUUCUUGCCUUGCAAAGGUCAGAGGCGAAUUGUUCACCUUGACUUGAAACUUAUAGCCGAUGUGGGCUUAGUUGGGUUUCCAAAUGCAGGAAAAUCAUCCUUGCUAAGCAAGAUUUCUCAGGCCAAACCUGAGAUUGCAAAUUAUGCAUUUACAACAAUCCAGCCUGAACUAGGAAAGAUCAUGUAUGAAGAUUUUAAACAGAUUUUAGUAGCUGAUCUCCCAGGCCUGAUUGAAGGUGCGCAUAGGAACAAAGGGAGGGGGCACAAAUUCCUCAAACAUGUGGAAAGAACCAAACAUCUCCUCUUAGUUGUUGAUAUUUCUGGGUUUCAGCUCUCUAAUAAGACUCAGUUCAGAACAGCCUUUGAAACUAUAUUGCUUCUAACAAAGGAAUUGGAGCUGUACAAUGAAGAACUUCUAACAAAGCCUGCACUUCUUGCCAUUAAUAAAAUGGAUUUGCCUUGUGCAAAAGAUAACCUGAAUGAACUUAUGAAACAGCUUCAGAAUCCUGAAGACUUCUUACAUUUACUAGAGGAAGAAGUGAUUCCUGAGAACACAAUUGAUUUCAGAGAUAUAAUUCCUAUAUCUGCAUAUACUGGAGAAGGAAUUGAGGAACUAAAAGUAUGUGUAAGAAGAUCACUAGAUGAGGAAGCAGAGCGGGAGAACAAAGAAUAUCGUGAAAAGAAACUAUUACUUUUACACACGUCAGGAGAACAAAUGAAUAAAGGCUAGCAUUCUUGGCUAGAUUUUAAUAUAUUUUUGUAUGUUCAUGAACUCACUGCUAUGUAGACCUUCCUUUUUGUUUUUGUUCCCUCUACCACCGCUACCCAGUUCCCUAGCGCAUUGCUUCAGUCUCUUCUGGUGCUUAGGUAGAGCACAAUGUUGAGAAGAACUGUUUUUCAAGUUUAUGCUGGCUGCUGACUGAACUAAGUAGAGAACAAAGUGCAGCUCAAAGCAUUGCCUAACAACUGAUGAACCCUGAAAUAUUGUUUGCCACACUGGAUGAAAAGAGGAAAUAAAACCUAUGGAGGUAGCAAGGGAGCAACUUGAACCACUUGCAGCUUUUGCCAUGGAUGUCAGAGGUACCCAGGGAAAUUUCUGAUGGAGGAAUUUUCCAGGUUCCGUUGCUUUGAAGGUGAACUGGUACUGCUGCUUUGACAGAUGGUGGGCUUUUUGUUAUUUUUAAAGAUCUAAAGGAGUACACAAAUAAGUAGUCACAAGAAAGCAACACGUAGAAGCGUGGAAAUGCAAGGCUGAUGCCUGCUGGUUUGUUUUCCACACCUGCUGGUGCCUGCUGUACUCCUCUUCGUUAUAUAACCCCUGAUUCUGUAUUCCCAAACCUAAUUUGGCAGUUCUCCCUUUUAUGGAGAUGUGGUGGAGAAAAUGACCGCUUUUCAGCGGAGCCCCAUAUUUUGGGAUAUAGUUCUUGUUCGGGUUUUUAUAAGCAGCACGCUUAAGAGGUAACAUGUUGAAAAAGAAUUAGAAGUAAUUUGUUGUACAGGAUGUCUUUUAUUGAUCGCAAUUAAAAUAAGACUGAAUUCAUCAAA